GCGAGUGACCCCGGGCCCGCGUUCCGAGUCCGGGGUCGGGGUCGCGGGAGCACACUCCCCCACCGGGGGAUGGCUGAGGACCCCGCUCCCUGAAGUUGCGAGAGCUGGGCGGGUCCGUCCUGGGAGGGAGGGCGUCGGCACGCGGGCGCGCGUGGUCAGUCACCACCUCACCUCGCGGAUGGCAGGAGCGAGAGUAGUUCGCAUCAUUGCUUUUUCCAGAGCUCGGUGAGGACCUGGACUGGGCUCGGCAGUGGACGGCAUUCACUCGUGUGCUGUGUCUUUGGCCACUGCUGCCCUAGCAGGUGUUUUAGUGUUAGGAUGACACGGGCUUUCAGGUGGAAGACCCCCCAGGGUGGGGGGUGUAUCUGAGGUUCCAGAAAGCCUAGGUGGCCGAGGUAGGUGCUGGGGGCUCCUGUGGCUCCGAAUGCUGCAGGCUACCCUGAGAAGUGCUGGGUGGAAAGACCAACAAGCAGUGCCUUCCCAGAGGAUCUCCCAUGGUGGGGAUAGGUAAACAGGUAGGAAGCUGCCCCGAAGGUGAGUGCAGACCGGUGCCCCUAGGUAGGAGCCAGUGGAGCCUCGGGGUAUUUGUUGAGGGGGGGGAUUGUUGGGAAGAUCGCGCAAGGGGUGAGUGAAUCCUCUGUGGAGGCCACGAGUGGACCUCUCGUUGCAGAGAGACUGGAGAGGUGGCUCCCCUCAGGCUGAACAGUGGGAGGGCUCCUUGCACUGGAAGGGAACCUUACCUUCCGACCUACAGCCUCCUUUACUAUGUCUGCCCCUCUUUGGGCCACUCAGCGGUGGUGAUCACUGCUCUCCAGGCCCUUUGCAGGGGUGAUUUUGGGGCAGUGAGAGUACACAGAGCAAGUGGGAUUUAACUUGGGGGAUCAGGUGCUGGGCUGUUGGCAGGGAUGGGGAUGCAGGGAGCUUAUUUGUGGUGGGAGUGGCAGCACUCUGGGUAGUGAGGUGAGUCUCAGAAGCCUGGGAGAAGGCAGGUAGGUGACACCUACAUUGUCACGGUGCUGUGAUGUAGAGGGCGGUCAUGAUGCCGGCAGUGUUCUUAGCGGUGCUGUGUUUGGGGCGGUUGGGGGAUGGUUCAGAGGACAAUGAAGUCCAUAACUGGCCUGGUAACGCGUGGUGACGUGUGUGGUCUCUAGAGCCGGGUCAGCUGCCUCCGCCACUUGCUGGUUGGUGUGUGGCUGCAGACAAGAGAUUUCACUCACCACUCUGCUUCAGGGUGGUAAGAGUACCAGCCUCGUCCUCGUCAGGGUCAGCGUUGGGCAUGAAUAGAGCGUUCAGUGAAUGGGUUACUGUUGUCAUCCUUCUGAAAUUCCCCAACAGCCAUCCAGGCUGUCUGGGGAAGCCCAGGGGCUUCUGGUCUGGCCUCUUCCUUUCCCUGGGACUGACAUCACUGACAUCACAUCUGGCUCUUAUAGCAUCCCAGGUGGUGUUUGCCACCUUCUCAGGCCUCCCAGCCUCCUCCCACUCAGAGCUCUGGGUGGGGUGCCCAGGUUGGCCCCCUGUUGCCCAGUGGUCAUGGUUGGGCCUAGUUCCUGCUCUUCUCACCUUGUUUUUGGACAGAUUGCCUUGGAUGGUGGCCUGCGUCUGACAGUCCCAUCGCUCCUCUCUGCUCUUCUGAGGUCGCAGCUGUCAGCCCUUCAGCGCUUGCAUGGAAUGCCAGGGUUUGCCACGGCCCCUCCAGCCACCUCUGUCCUAUUGUGUCCCGUGUGCCUUCUUCCCACCCUGCCUGGACGUCUCUUCUUCCUUUCUCCUCUUCCUUCUCGCAGUUGGCGGGGCAGCUUGUGCCUGCUCCCAGCAUGCCUCAAGGCUGGCGCCGUCGGCAGGGUCCUCGCAAUUCUAUCUGGGUGGCAGCCAAUUACGCCAGUUCACGCCUUUGGCGGCAGGUGGAUGGGGCCUCUCCUGGGGUCACACAUGCACCAUUGGUGGAUCUCUGGAUCGAGCAGCCCUGCUGUAGGGACCUUGUGUGCGUGUGCACAACCAUGGAGCAGAUGAGCACAGUGGGCCCUGCUCCUGGCGGUAAGCCUACAGAGAGGGGGCCCCCAGUGAUGCCCAGCCCCCUCUGGGUGGACUCCCACUGGGUGCCCGACUCAGACCGAGGCACCUUCAAAGGUUCCCCUUGGCUGCUGAACCGCUUCUUGGCCCAGCUGGGUGAUUACAUGUCCUUCCACUUUGAGCACUACCAGGACAACCUCAGCCGUGUCUGUGAGGUUCUUGGGCGCCUGAUGGGCCAGGCCUGGGUGUGGGCAGCCCCCUACCUCAACGGGGACCUGCCCUUGCCUGACAAUUGUGAGCUCUUUUAGAAUCUUGAGGAAGUUAUUUAAGCCCUGAACAACUUCACUGAGUACCACGCUGCGUUUCCCCACCUUUUGACUCCGGCCUCGAGCCAGCCGCCCAUAGCCCCGCAGCUGCCUGUGAUAAGACAGUACUUAGCUCGGUUCUCUGAGGCCCUGGCACUCAACAUGGGCUCUCCUCCAGUCCCAGCUGCUCUGGCCACCUCUGCUGUUUCUAGUUCUGACUCCACAUCCAGAGAUGCUCUGUCCAAGCAGCAGCUAGCCACGGAGAACAGCCUUAGGCCCGCGGAGCCUCCUGCCUGGUCCAGUUCUGCAUGCAACACCGUUCCUGGUCCUGGGGGGUCAGCUUCCUCCCAGCCAGGGGUGGUGGCCUCCAGACUUUUCCCUGCCCUUACAGAGUCUACUAAACCCUCUGCCCAGAAACCAGGUCCCGCUCACCCAAGGGGUCCAGAACUCCAGAAAACAGAGGAGGUCUCUGAGACAGAGGGAGACCAGGAGGCACCCUUAGGUAGCCCACAGAGGGCAGUGGACGCCUCGGAGACCCCAAGAGAGCCACCAUGUCCUCCCGUGCCCCAGCCCACAGCCCUGGAUUCUAAAUGUGCAGGUGCAGCAGUGCCCCCUCAUGAUGAAGUGGCCUGCAUAGCCAAGGAGCCCCCAGCCCCCUGUCAGGACAGUGGCAUUACCAGAUGACUAUAGAUGUAGCACCAGGUGUCUCUCUGUACACUUGCCCUGUUGCUGGGCAUUGGUGCACCUGUCUGAGCAUACACGGCUCCUUAGCACCACACCCCCAGCACAGGAGGACACUGGCCUCUGCCCUGCCCCUCAGGCCCCGACUCCCCCAGUGGCCCAGAGGCUGCCUCCUCCCCCAGCUCUCAGCUACAUCUUCACAUCUUGUUGGGGAGUGCUGUCUCACCUGGCCUGUUCCCACUGGUCGAUCAGUUCCCCACCUGCUAUUUGUACUGUCCUUGUGACUGUCUCCCUCCUUCCCCCCCCAAAACUGACUUCCUUGCAUGCUGGCUGGGACUGGACUGGGUCUGCCAUGCCAGCCCUUUGGGCUUGAUUCUUGUGUGAUACCUGCCUGGACCCCUACCUCAGUGUUCACCACGUGUAAUCUCUGUCUUCUGGGCUGGAAAUUAAGGAAGGCUGCAUGGAGGAGGCAGCUCCUUUCAUUAUCCAGUGUGAGUAGGGUGUCUUGGCAGAGGAGGGCGCUUCCCUGUGGGCCUCCUGGCAUCCCUGCCUCACAAGAAGGCUUAGACACAGGGAGGUGUGGUGGGCACCUCCUUGCCCGACCAGCUCCUCCCAGGCGUUUGCCCUGCUGUAGGAGCUUCUAGUCAUGCCAGGUCUUCAGGAGGCAGCCCGGGCCUGUGCUGCCCUCCCUCCUGCUUUUCAGCAGUCCUGCUCCUCUGCCCACAUGUGCAUGGCGUGUGUCACUGCUCAGACCCCGACACAGUAAUGACCCAUGUCUCUGGGUAGACUGAGCCCUAGGGCAGGUGCUCUCCCUCAGUCAGCUUUGUGGUCCUGGUACACAGUCGGUGCUCAUUAAAUGUGUGUGAGCCCAUGGCUGAGCUGUGGUGUGGUGGCUGCUGACAGCAGAGUCCUUGCCCAUCAGCAGGAGCAGAGGCCUAGCCCCCAGUGCCUAGUCAGCGUUGCAGGUGUGAUUUCUGAUGGGGGCUUGGAGCAUCGCAGGGUCUGGCUGAAGGGGUUGGGACAGAGUGAGUGGGAGUGGGAGGCUCGGUGGGGGCAGUGUGGCUGGAGGUCGAGUGGGGAGUUAGCAGUGGACCAGAACUGUGGGGCUGCAGGGCCAGAGGGCUGGGGUGGAGAAGGGCUCAUCCUGCACGGGGCAGGUUUCCUAAUGACCAGUGAGGUCAGCACCGGACAGACACAGUGCCCCUGCACGGAGGGCAGGUAGGCAAGCAUUUCCAGUCCAUUGGGGUUUUGCAAUUGUGGAAACAAAGCAGAGCACCUUUUUGGAAAGUAGGAGGGAAACAUAAGUGGAAAUGUGAACUGCAACUGAAACGAUUCAUUUUAGGAAAAACAGUUACAAGUGGGUAAAACGUUUUAAGUCAAAUAGAUACCUUUGGGAUUAUUUCAUUCAGUAGUUUGCUGGAAAAGGCCCUGGGUCCGGGUGGUGUUACUUGAGAGUUACUCUAAGGCUCAGACAUCCAGUAAGUACAGCACUUGUAGCUGUGCAUCUUAGAAAGACUCUGAGGCGGCGGUGGCUUUUACUGAUCCGAUGUGAGAUCUGGACGGUCCUGCCCAGCCUGUUCGCACUGCUGCCCCCAUGCUGUCACUCAGGCCCGGCCCUCCUGUGGGUCCAGGGUUGUUGGCAAUGUCAGGACUCUUGUCUGAGCUGGUGAGAUGCCUCUGGCCACAGAGCCUGGAGCCGCCCUCAGACAGACGCCCAGUCAGAGCCCCUCUGCCCAGCCUGCCCUUUCUGCUUUCACUUAGUGGACCUGGAGUGAAUUCCUUCAGCUCGAGAUUGUCCUCUUCCCUUGUGACUCCUGGGCCUCUUGGGGCCUGUCCUCCCAGACAGCUCCUGGGGCCUGGGUUGUGGUAGCACACCUCCUGAGGGCUGGCUCUGCGGGACAGGCUUGAGGGGACUUGGGCAGAGACCAGACAGAUGGCCUGUGAAGAACAGGUCCUGCCAUCAGGCCUGCACCAUGAAGGGAGGGGCAGGAGGGCAGGCUUGGUGGCCAGGCUGUAGGCUGCCCAUUCCAGGGUGCCUGCGUGGUGCAGUCAGGGGAGGCUGGAAGGGAGCUGUGCCCUGCCUUUGGACAGAGGUGAUGACCCACCUGCUUUCCCCUUGUCGGGGGGAGGAGCACACGGCCAGGAGUGAGCCCUGCACGCAAGGUGGCAGGAAGGCCCUUGGGUCAUUCCCUACUCUUGGCUCUGCACAGGCAGGCAGGCAACCCGGAGGUCGGUGCUCUGGGGACACACAGCCUGGCAGGGUUUGCUGGGUGUGCUCAGGAUGGGCUGGGGUGUUGGGGCCUGCUUUCCAUAUGGUCGUGUCUGUCCCUCACUCCCUUGGAAAUACCCGGAGGUUUCAUUUCCUAAAGCUAAGACAUGGGGCACUGUGGGAGGGCUUUUAAAGCACCUGACUCCACGGAAAAUUCUAUGUCUGGAAGUAUGGAGGAUGAGGUCCUGUUUUGUAUGUCACAUUUUU